AUGACGACCUCCGGUCCGUGCACACAGUUCCCAGCUCCGGGUCUUCGAGACCCAUUCCGCUUCAUCACGGGGCAUAACGAGAAGGGUGACCCGGUAUUCCUGCAGACGGACCAUGGAGACCACCGUGAUAUCAUGCUAGGUGGCGCUGCAGCUCAAAACAUUAUGUAUAGCAGCAGAGGCAACCCAACCGAACUCACCGGAGAUGCUGAUCUAGAGUACGCAAAGAACAACAGGCCUUCCCUCCACAUUCCCAAUGGCUGCGUCGUGCGGAUGAUUGACUUCGCGCCUGGCACCGAGUCCAACUUACAUCGUGCCCUAACUCUUGGGAUUGGUACUGUGUGCGAGGGCGAAGUUGAGCUAACUCUGAGCGAUGACCGGAGCGUGAAUCGUGUUCUUCGACCCGGUGAUGUCUGCAUCAACCGCGGGGCCAUGCACUGUUGGCGCAACACAUCCAACGAGAAACCAGCUCGUAUGCUAUUUGUCAUGCUGGAUGUUAAGCCCAUCAUAGUGAAUGGGAAAGCGCUCGAGUUUGAUAUGGGAUAUCUCAUGAAGGAAUAUGCAAAGUAUGCUGAAGGCGAGGGCCCUGAGAAGGCUUAA